CGCAUAGUGCUUCUUUUUUCUUUCUUUUCUUUUUUCUCUUUCCAUGUCCAUUCUCUAUUUUCGUUCUGGUUUAAUGGAUAAUGUUUCCUUUUGUUUCGCCGGGAACUUCCUGCAGAGAAAGCGCGAGAAAAUGUAGGAUUUUUUUGGUGCUCUGUUUUGGCGCUGAAAGAUGAAUAAUAAGAUGAGUUAUUGUCUGUUGGGUUUUGGAAUUCUCUGGUUUCUGUGACUUGCUCACUUUACGAGCAAAGGUUUUUUCAUCUGGGCAAAUCUGAAUUUCGAAUCUGGUAAUUUUUCAAUGUCGCAAGCAGAAGAAGAAGAAGGCGUAAACAGAGCAAACCAAGAGUUUGUCUCAAUCCAGAUGAGCAAUUUCUCGGCAGAUCUGUUACAGAAACUGGUCUCCAGAACCCAUUUCUCGGAGAAACUCAAAAAAGAAGAAGCAGACGAGGAAGAGAUUGAGCUAAGCCUGGGGCUGUCGUUGAACGGCCGAUUUGGGGUGGACCCGGCAAGAGCCAAAAACGGGAACAAGUUAUCGCUAAAACGUUCGUCUUCAAUACCGGACUUCGCCACAAGCCAAGGCGAGUCGGGAUGUCACGUGACGACGGCGGCGAGGUGUCACGUGGGGCUGGCGAGGACAUGCUCGCUCCCGACGGAGACGGAGGAGGAGUGGCGGAAGAGGAAGGAGUUGCAGAGCCUGAGGAGGAUGGAGGCCAAGAGGAAGAGGUCGGAGAAGCAGAGGAAUUCCAUUUCCAAGGCCGUACGAACGUCUUGUCGAGCUGAGCUUGAAUCCAAUAAUAAUGGUGGCGAUAAAGAUAAUGGCUUGCCACCCCAAGCGGCGUCGUUUCAGGGCUCAAUUGGGUCUCACGGAAGUGGUUCUUCUGGGGUUUCUGAAUCCGAUUGUCGGGCCUCUCAAGGUUAUGCAAGAGUGCCCAAAUGCCCCGAAAUAAGAAGCCCGACCGGCGUUCAGUCCUUGCAACAGAGCGAGCAAAAACUCACGGUCACUCACCGCAGUACAAUAACCAGACUGACAUCAGGCGAUUUCAAUGCAUUGGCAACAGAAAGUCAAUCGAAUAAGCCUACAUUCACCAAGAACGGAACCAAAGAAGUAGCAAGGAACAUGUUGGAGGACAUGCCGUGUGUGUCUACGACAGGAAUUGGCCCGAAUGGGAAAAGAAUAGAGGGUUUUCUUUACAGGUAUAGGAAGGGUGAGGAAGUGAGAAUUGUGUGUGUGUGUCACGGCAGCUUUCUGUCUCCGGCCGAGUUUGUUAAACAUGCCGGUGGGGGUGAUGUCGCACACCCGCUCAAGCAUAUAGUUGUUAAUCCUGCUUCCUUUUUUUAGUACUAGUUUUAGUGACAAUCCUCGACAGAAUGUCAAGAAAAGGGAUUGAUUUCAUGAGUUCUUCUCUUUCAUUUAGUUUUUGUUCUUUGGAACUGGGCACUUGUAUUUAGUCGUUUUUUAUUUUGCAUGAAGGCUCUCGUUGGAGGAUCGAUUUGAUUACAGUAAAUACAAGGUAAGCCCUUCCUUUUUUUAA